AUGCCCCUUGAAAUUCGUCAAUGGAUUCGUGGAGGAGAUGAACCGGAAGGUGAAAAGAUUGUCGCUGAAAACUUUCAAAGAAUCAUUGACACUCGAAAAGUUUCAAGAGGAAUUGGUGAGUUAGUAUACCGGUUUGGAGAGAUGAGUUUUUCAAGAGAAGUUGCGCACCCAAUAUUUCAAAUAGAUAAUCUGCCUCCAAGCAUGGACUCUUUGGGGCCUUUUGGCAAAGUUGUCGAAAGAGUGAUUGAUUCUGUAUGGGACCAUGUUGUUCGGCAAGUGACUUACAUCCUCCAUUACAAGCAAAAUGUUGUUGAACUGAAACAUAGUGUUAAGGAUCUCAGAUUGGAAAAGGAGAGGAUAGAUCAUCAACGCGAUGCGGCUGAGAAAAAUCUACACAACAUUGAAGGUAAGGUUACAGAAUGGGUUCAACAAGUGAGUGAAUUUGAGAGUACAGUGGAGGAGUUUGAGAACGAUGAAGGCCACAAAAGGGCCCGGUCGCCCAAUUGUUAUGUUUUUUCUUACUUGCGGAAUAGACACAGGUUAGGCAGACAAGCGAAGAAGAUGGCAGUGGAUGUUAAAAAGCUAAAAGAUGAGUCCCCCAAAUUUGAUGAAGUUGCCUAUCGGCAAAAUGUAACAUCUAAUGAUGCCACGUUGUCUAAUGCUGGAUUUGUAGAAUUUGGUUCUACAAAAUCCACAAUGGAAAAGGUAAUGAGACAUCUUGAAGAUUCCAGUGUGCGAAUGAUUGGAUUGUAUGGGCCAGGUGGUGUGGGUAAGACCACUUUAAUCAAAGAAAUUGCUAGGAAAGCUAAAGAUAAUAAGUUGUUUGAUAGGGUUGCUAGAGUAGAAAUAACAGCCAAUCCUAAUCCACAAAAAAUUCAGGAAGAAAUUGCUUACGUGUUAGGAUUGAGAUUGGAAGGAGAAGGUCAAAAUGUGAGAGCUGAUUGUCUAAGGAGGAGGUUAAAGAGAGAGAAGGGAAACAUCCUUUUAAUCUUGGAUGACCUUUGGGACAAAUUAGAUCUAAACAAGUUAGGGAUUCCACUUGAUGAUGACCAGGAUGAUGAUUUAAGCAAUAAUAACAAGGAUUAUGAUAAGGAUCGCAAAGUGUUGAAAAAAGAAAAAAUCCUUCAUGAUCACAAGGGGUGCAAACUUUUGCUAAUUUCACGGAAUAGAAAAGUAUUGCAUGAAGAAAUGGAUGUAAAGUCGAUUUUUUGUCUAAAGGAAUUAGAUGAGAAGGAUGCUUUGAUGCUGUUUCAAAAGGUGGCUAAAAUACCUAAUGAAAUGUCUGUCUCUAAACAAGAAAUUGUGAAGAAGUAUUGUGCAGGAUUACCCAUGGCAAUAGUUACAGUUGCAAGGGCAUUAAGAAACAAGAGUGAGUCAGUAUGGGAAGCAACACUAGAACAACUUAAAAAGCAAGAAUUGGUGGGAGUGCAGACAUCGAUGGAUAUUUCAGUGAAGAUGAGUUAUGACCAUCUAGAGAAUGAUGAGAUGAAGUCCAUUCUCUUAGUUUGUGCUCAAAUGGGCCAUCAAGCACUAAUUAUGGACUUGGUGAAGUAUUGUUUUGGUUUGGGUAUACUUGAAGGGGUCUACUCGAUUAGGGAAGCUCGGGAGAAAAUUGAUAGAUCUAUCCAAAUGUUGAAAGACUCAGGAUUAGUGUUGGACGGAAGUUCUAAUAUUCAUUUCAACAUGCAUGACUUGGUUAGAGAUGCUGCUUUGUCUAUAGCACACAAGGAUAGAAAUGUUUUUACUCUAAGAAAUGGCAAACUAGAUUAUUGGCCUGAACUCGAGAGGUUCACUUCUAUUUCUGUAUGCGACACUGAUAUCAUUGACGGGCUUCCUAGAGUCAUAAGUUGUUCUCAACUUCAAUUUUUCCAAAUAAACACUAUUGAUCCAUCUUUGCAAAUACCCGACAGUUUUUUUGGAGAAAUGAAAAAUCUCAGAGUUUUAAUAUUGACUGGGUUUCAUCUAUUAAACUUACCAUCUUCCAUUGAAUUCCUAUUACAGCUCAGAAUGCUUUGUUUGGAGCGAUGCACUUUACCUGACGACUUAUCUAAAGUAGGAGAGUUGAAGAAAAUAAGAAUUCUCAGCUUCUCUGGAUCUCAACUAAAAAAAUUGCCACCUGAGUUAAGGGAAUUGGAUAAGUUACAACUGCUAGACAUUAGCGAUUGUUCCAAACUAGAGAUUAUUCCGCCUAAUAUAAUAUCUAGUUUGACACGUUUAGAAGAGUUAUAUAUAAGAAAGAGCUUGAUCAAAAUGUUGGUGGAAGUAGAGACAAACAAAGUUCAAGAUUUGUUUCUUUCUGAGUUGAAGAGUUUGCAUGAGUUGAAAGUGGUGGACUUAAGCAUCCCAUGUGCUUCAGAUUUGCCAAAUCACUUGUUCUUUGACAAGUUAAAAGAUUACAAGAUUGUGAUUGGAGACUUGGAAAUGUUUUCUGUUGAAGACUUUAGGAUGCCCAGUAAGUAUGAAUCAUUCAGAGUUUUAGCAUUGCAACUAAAGGAUAACACUAACAUUCACUCCCUGAAAGGCAUAAAAUUGUUGUUUAAAACCGUGCAAAUUUUGUUGUUGGGAAAGGUAGAUGGUGUUCAAAAUGUUGUCAACGAGUUGAAUACAGAGGGAUUUCCAGAUCUAAAACACUUAUUCAUCACAAAUAACAAUGACAUCAAGUAUGUCACUUCAACAGAAUUGUCUAAUUGUGUGAAUGUCUUUUUUCCCAAUUUGGAAUCUCUAUGCCUCUACAAUCUAAGGAGUCUAGAGAUGAUAUGUUACGGUCCUAUUACAGUUGCGUCAUUCACCAAAUUAAAAACCAUCAAGGUCGAGAGUUGUUACCAUUUGAAGAAUCUCUUCCUCCUUUACGUGGAUAAAUUUCUUACUAGUCCAGAAAUGUAUGAAAUUUGUGAAUGUAAAUCUGAGAUGGAUAAAUUUCUUGCUAGUCUAGAAACAAUUGAGGUUUCUGAAUGUAAAUCCUUAAAGGAGAUCCUUCAAAUACCAGAGGAUUAUGGUAAGAUUGAGUUUCUUGAGUUGAGCACUUUGACACUCCAGUCGUUACCAUCAUUUACAAGUUUUUAUACCAAAGUUGGGGCUCAAAAAACUAGUGUGCAAAGGGACAAGGCGCCUCCUCUGUUUGGUGAACUGGUUGUAAUUCCAAACUUAGAGAGCUUGAAUUUAUCUUUGAAGAAGCUGAAAAGCCUCAUCAUAAGUGAGUGUCCGAAUAUGAAGAAGAUACUUGAAACUGAAGGAAAUAGUGGAAACAAGGUCUGCAUCUUCCCUAAAUUGGAGGAAUUCCAGCUUAGCAAAAUGAAUAGUUUAACAGAUAUGUGGCAAACGAAGGUUAGCGUUGAUUCAUUUUCUAGUCUCAUUUCUGUGCACAUAGUUGAAUGCAAUAAACUAGACAAGAUUUUUCCAAGUCACAUGGAAGGAUGGUUUGAAAGUUUGGAAAACUUGAAAGUUUCUGAUUGCAAGUCGGUGGAAGUGAUUUUUGAAAUCAAAGAUUCUCAAGAAAUAGAUCCAUCUGGUGGGAUAGACACAAAUUUGCAGCUUAUUCUUCUGGAGUAUCUCCCAAAGUUGAAGCAAUUAUGGAGCAAAGAUCCAGAAGGAAUUCUGAACUUUAAAACACUGCGAACUGUAGAUGUAAAACAUUGUGAUGAAUUGAGGAAUUUGUUUCCAGCUUCUGUGGCCAAAGACUUUCCUAAGCUUGAACGUAUGUCAGCAUUGUUUUGUGGGAAAAUGGUGGGAAUUGUUGCAAGUGAAGAUGCAUCAGAAACUAACAAAGAUCGAUUGGUGUUUCCUGAAUUGACCUGCAUGAAAUUAUAUUAUCUAUCAAACAUCAAGAGUUUCUACGAAGGGAGACAUCCUAUAAAGUGCCCAAAGUUGAAGGAGUUGACCGUGGUCGGGUGUCACAAGCUUAAAAUAUUUUCCACAGAAACAAGUAAAACAACAAAUGAAGGACACAAAUUUGUGCUGUCAGCUGAAAAGGUAUUCCCCAAAUUGGAGUAUCUGGAAAUUGACAUGGAAGAAGCGCAAAGGUGGUUAUCUUUGAACUACCAAAUGCACCGUUUAAAAGAGUUUCAUUUGAGCUCAGUAGAAAGUGUCCAUCUCCUCUACCAAUUUCUGUACAGAAUGCCAAAUCUAGAAAACUUAUACUUGACUGAGGACCAUCGUGAAGUGUUAGUGCCAACUGCAAACAGUGCACCACAACAAAUAUUGGGAACCGUAAUACAGCUCAAGCAAUUGUUUUUGUAUUGGUCAGAUGUAAAGGAUCUAGGAUUUGAACGAGACCAAGUUCUUCAGAGACUCGAGCUUUUGAGCUUACAAGGUUGCCAGCAAUUGUGCAAUUUAGCUCCUCCCGCUGUAUCACUGGCUUACUUAACAUCUUUGGAACUGAAUUAUUGUCCGGGAUUAAAGAAUUUAAUGGCAUCCUCGACUGCCCAAAGCAUGGUUCAACUCAAGACCAUGAAGGUAAUCUAUUGUGGUGAAGUAGAGCAAAUAGUAACAAAUGAAGGAAGUGAAGAGAUGAAAAUUGUAUUUGGCAAAUUGAUUACUAUAGAACUUGCGUUGCUAAAUAAACUCGCAAGUUUUUGCAGUUGCAAUAACUGUAAGUUUGAAUUCCCAACAUUGGAAAUAUUGAUCAUAAGAGAAUGCCCCAAGAUGAAAACAUUCACUGAGGGUUCCUCAACAACACCAAAGUUAGAAAGUAUAUUCGGUGUUGAAGGAGAGGAAAAAUCGAAAUGGCAGUGGGAAGGUGACUUGAAUGCCACCGUACAAAAAGUUUUCAAUGAUAAGCUCACUUUCAUCACGUACACUCAGGAGGGUCUGUUUCUUCGGGCUCAUAAUGAAUUUAUCAUAAAAGAAGUAUGGCUCGGCACUCACUCGGUGCAGCAGAACAGCUUUCGCCGUUUGAAAAGUUUGAAUGCAUGGGGAUGGACUACUCUGGUGCAUGUAAUUCCAUCUCAUUUACUUUCUUGCUUUCAGAAUUUGGAAAUAUUAACAGUAAAAAGUUGCAGUUCAGCACAGGUCAUAUUUAAUAUAAAUGAUGAGAACAGGAAAGCUUCGGGAAUAAGCCGUUUGAAAAAGUUGGCUUUAUAUGAUCUACCAAAACUAGAGCAUGUAUGGGAUAAGGAUCCUGAGGGAGUUAUUGACCUUCAAAUGCUAAACUAUGAGUGUUGA